AUGGCAGAACUAAAGGCUUACAAUCCUCAAGCUUAUGCAUCCCUGCAGCUUACUAAUCCACUUACCUGGAGCAGAGCUUUCUUUAGGAUUGGUACUCUCUACAAUGACAACCUCAACAAUCUGAGUGAGUCUUUUAAUAGAACUAUAAGACAGGCAAAGAAGAAGCCUUUAUUGGAUAUGCUAGAGGACAUAAGGAGGCAAUGCAUGGUCAGAAAUGCAAAGUGCUUUGUCAUAGCUGACCGGAUGAAGACAUGGUUCACAAAGAGAGCUCAUGCGGAGAUUGAAAAAAUGAUAGUUGGGGCAGGAGCUUGCCAGAGAUAUAUGGCAAGACACAACAUUCAUGAGGUAUAUCAGAAUGGUGUUGGCUAUAGUGUUGAUAUGAAUGAGAGAACUUGUGGUUGCAAGAAGUGGCAAAUGGUUGGAAUCCCUUGUGUUCAUGAUGCAUGUGUGAUACUAGGAAAGAGAGAAAAGGUGGAGGACUAUGUUAAUGCUUGUUACACAAGGAUAAGGUGGAAAGAGACAUACAUGGAUGGUAUUAGGCCUGUCCAAGGGAUGAAAUUGUGGCCUAGAUUGAAUAGGCUGACUGUAUUGCCACCACCAUGGAGAAGAGGGAACCCAGGAAGGCCGUCUAACUAUGCAAGGAGGAAAGGAAGAAAUGAAUCUUCAUCUUCGUCAAAUAAGAUGUCACGGGAAAAAAGGGUCAUGACAUGCUCUAACUGCUUCCAACAAGGGCACAACAAGCAUGGCUGCAAAAAUCCUACUGUGGUUGCAAGUGCACCAAAGAGACCAAGAGGUCGACCAAGGAAAAACCAAGAACCACAAGAACCAACGGUUGGGUCACAAGCUCGACAAGGAUCCCAAGGACCAGCGGUUGGGUCACAAGCACAGAAAGGAUCCCAAGGACCAGCGGUUGGGUCACACGGGGAAGCUGGAGGAUCACAAAGACAAGAAGAGCAAGGACUUGGUCGAUUUGCAUCAUGGUUUCAGUGUUCCUCCUAG